AUGAAACUGGUUCAUAGUAACUUUGCUUCACUAUUACUGAUCUUGCUUCGGUGGAUUGAUCUUUCUUGCUCAUGUCUGGUUCCUCGCUACUUCAACCUCUUUCAUGUUCUUGUCUACAAGGUUCAUUCUGAUGGACAACCUAAGCUUACCACGCACGGAAGGAAAGCAACUAUCAGUGAGUUCUAUGGUGUGAUACUACCAUCGCUUCAGCUACUACGCAGCAACAUAGACGAGCUGGAAACAGCAGACAUCGGGUUCGACCUUAAAAGAUUCAGCAAGAAGAUAACAAAAGAGGCUCGCAGUAGCAGAUUCAGCAAUGCAGGGUUAGAGCGCGAGGAAGAAUGCGGAAUCUGUUUAGAAACUUGCACCAAAAUGGUGUUGCCGAAUUGCUGCCACUCUAUGUGCAUCAAAUGCUACCGCAAUUGGAACUUGAAGUCUCAGUCUUGCCCGUUUUAUCGAGGAAGCAUGAAGAGAGUGAACUGA